AUGGAGGGCGAGGUGACACGGCGCCGCGAGGUGUUCGCGGAGAACGAAAAUCUGCUGUGGAGACUGGACGCCGCGGAGCAGCGUCUGGCGAUGGGCGAUCAGCGCGCUGGAGAGCGCGACGGCGGCGCAGCCGCAGCAGCAACACCAGGUCCGAGCAGCGGACAAGUCGUGGAUGCGAGACUGCUGAACAAACCGCGGACGUUCACAGGCUUGCACUCGGAGUGGAAGAUAUGGUCGUUCGACUUCGAGGCUUACAUGUUCGCGGUUUACCCCCGACUGGGGGACUUGCUCAACCAGGCGUCGAGAACGGCGGAUGUGCUGACGGCGCAGACCGAGCUGGACGCCACACCCAACACACAGUUGUACUACAUCCUGGUCUCGGCGACGUCGGAUGUGGCCAAGGUUGAAGUCAGGGAAGCCCCGCGAGGAGACGGGCUCGCUGCGUGGUGGCACCUGCUUCGAGAGUUCGCGCCGAAGGAGGCGAACAGGUUCGCGGUCAUGCUAGGUCGGAUCAUCGGAUACGAGUUUGUGGACCCCGUGAUGACGAACUUGGCGGAGUUUGAGCAGCUCGUCCGGGAGUGCACGGACCAGAGCGGCGAAAUAAUUUCGGACAACAUGAAGCGGGGCGUGAUCAUGUCGGGCAUCAAGAACGAGAAGCUGGCGGACCACCUCAGCGACUCCAAGGGAAAGAAGGGCGACUCCGAGGGCAAGGGCCGAGAGACCCGCAGUUGCCACUACUGCGGCAAGGCUCGCCACCUCGCAGCCGACUGCCGCGAGAAGAAGGCGGGCAAGAGGAAGGGCCGGGAGGUCGCAUCGCUGACGGACGCGACCCAGGUGCAGCCUUCGUCCUCGACGGCAGCGAUGGCGCUGAAGGGGGGCGGCGCUGGCUCGCAGAGCAGCUUGCCCCCCGCGAUCGACGUGUCUCACGUGGCAGCAGUCCUAGUGGCAGGCGACGCUGACAUCCCGACGCCCGAGGAGUACAACUGGCAGGUCGGCAUGAUGUACGCCGCGGCGCAGCGCGACGCGCCGCCAGUGGCGGUCGGCGACUCGGUGCAGUUCGACUGGGUCAAGUCCGUGGGCGCGAGGGUCGCGGCAGCCGAGGGCGACGGAGUACCUCUCCAGAUCGAGUUCCAGGUCGCGAACGUGAAGCGCGCCAUCGUGAGCGCCGACGCCCUCGCAAAGGGAGGUCAUGCCCCGAUCCCGAUCCUCGGCAAGGGCCCCAACAUCCUGCUCGCGGACGGCCGCAAGAUCGAGCUGUACAGCCGAACACUGAGGCCCGAGCUGUUCCGCACGAAGCACCUGCUGACGAGGGAGAUGCAGAGCCUGAGGCCGACGCCGAUCCACCAGCGCCGCCGCAUCCACCGGCGCCACCAGCUGCCAGCGAUGGCCAGGACCAACCAGACCAGCAAGGAGAUCAACGUGAGGGCGUUCGGAGACAGCGAGAAGACGGAGCGCUACUGCUGGUUUCUGGAGAAGCCGCGGCGGCGAAGCCGCCUGGUCCCGCUGGUCUGUAUCGACUACUCAUUCCUCGGAGACAUCGAAGGCGACCCCCUCGUGGUACUGAACGUCCUGGAGUACCAGUCGGGCGCGAUCGAUUGCGCGCAGAUGACCGUGAAGGGGCCUGCGGACUAUGCCGUAGCAGUGACGACGGCGGCGAUGCGCAUCUGGGGCCUCGACCGCGUUUUUCUUGGAGCUGAUGGGGAGCCCGCUAUCCAAGCCUUGGUCCGAGCCGUCCAGCUGGCUCGAGAGGAAGAGACAGUGCCUCACAGCGGGCCCAGGCGCGAUCCCAAGAGCAAGGGGGCGAUCGAGAACGCCAACAAGAUGGUCGAAAGUAUGGGCCGCGCACUGCGGGCGCCGAUCGAGUCGAGGUACCCAGUGAAGGAGGAUGGCCUCGCGCCCUACCAGCGCCUGAAGGGCCGCGCGUGCGGAGGAGCGACCUGCGAGUUCGGCGAGACGGCGGAUAUCCGCUGGGGCAAAGCCGUCUGGGUCUGGGAGGACAACCGCGCGGGCGAGCACCUUCUGGCGACUGCUGCUGGUCGGGAGACGGCGUGGGCGAUCAACGGGCGAGUUGAGGGCCAGCGAUGGUCCAGGAGCCUAUUCAACAAGGUCGAGUGCGCGCCGUGGGACACUCGCGCAGGACCCGGGGCGGCACCAUCUCCCCCGCGCCGCCGCUACAUCGCGAUGGCCAUCAUCGAUCGAGUUGGACCUGCACCUGGUUGCGACGGCUGCUACGGGCUUGGUCACCCACGCACCGAGUCCUGCAGAGAUCGGAUCGAGAGUCUGCUGAAGGCCGAGGAGGAGAAAGACGCCAACCUGCGCCGGCAGCGUCGGCUCCAGCGCCACCUGCUGUCCUACGUGGUCCAGAGGCACAUUGAGGCGGGCGACCUCGCAGGCGGGGAACCUCUGGCGCAGGAGCAGCAGGGCGAAACGGGGCUCGGGGUGAUCGAGAUGGGCUGGAACGGGACCGUGGUGGCGGAGAAGCCGAUGAGGAAGCAGCAGAUGAUCGCGGGCCUGUAUGUCAACAUGGCGACCGCAGUGCUGGCGCUGACGCGCGACGCCAUUCCCUGUGACAGCGAAAUGGGCACCGACAAGCGCUGCCUCUACGACAGGGAGUCGACCUACCAGAACGGGCGCGGGCAGAUGGGGGAGUUCCAGGUCUUCGACCGCGUGCCUAAGAACUUCGCGAAAGGCAAGCGCGUCCGCGGGAAGUGGGUCGACGAUGAGCGCUGCGACGGCGACGGCAGGGGGUCGGUCAGGUCGCGCUUCGUGGUCAUGCAGUUCGCCUGGCACGUGCGGGGCUACACUUUCGCUGGCGUGCCAUCGCUGGCCGCGUUCAGGCUGGUGGUCUCCUUCGCAUCAAGCCUCUGCUCCACGUGGGUCGGCUACGACGGCAUGCUCGCCCUCUACGACGUGUCGGUGGCGUUCUUCCACGAGAAUAUCGACGAGGACAUCUGUGUGGUGCCGCCCGAGGGAGAGGAGCCCGAAGGCAUUGUGCACCGGCUGAAGAGGGCACUCUACAGCACCAGGAGGGCCACGUUCUUGUUUCAGAACUUCAUCAUGGAGGUCAUGGAGACAGGAUGCUUCGUCCGCAUCAAGGUGACGGUUCAAUUCGACUUUUACAAGGAUCGCCUGCUGAUGGUGACUGUUCAUGGUGACGACUUCCUGGCUGGAGGAAGGGGAGACGCGCUCGACUGGCUGGACAAGCUGGUGAGAGGUCACCUCAGGGUCAAGGUGAUGCCCAGGAACGGGGGCCCGAGGCAAGGAAGAGUUGAGUCAGGCAGCUGCCCCAAGCGCACAGUGACGUGGUGCCCCGAAGGUUUCGGCAUCAUGCGCGAUCGCAAGCAUGUGGAGAUCCUGGUCAGCACCAUGCUCAUCAUACGGAUCGGCGAGAGCAACGCCACCAAGCGCACGAUGGCCCCCACGGAGUGCGCGACGACCUACCGCAGCAUGGCGCCUACCGCAUUCUACGUCGCACACGACUGCUUCGACAUCCGGCAGGCCGUCGGCUACCUCAUGAGGGGCAUGGUGGCACCGACUGGGCACCGUUGGCUACUGCUUCAACGCUUGGCCAGCUACUUGGAGCAGCACCCGCAGUUUGAGCUCUUGUUCGAGUUCCAGAGGAUGCCGAAGGUUAUCGUGGCGGAGGUCGGCAGCGACUGGGCACCAGAACCUGGUCGGAGGUCCGUGGGCGGUGGUUUCCUGUUCAUCGGUUCGCACCUGAUCGACGGCUGGAGCCGCCAGCAGGACAACCGCGCCCUGAGCAGCGCCGAGGCGGAGUUCACGGGCAUCGUGAACGGAUCGGCGAGGGGCAUCUGGCUCCGCAGCGUGAUGUUGGAGAUGGGCAUCGAGGUGACGCUGCAGGUCAACGCGGGCAGCUCUCGGACCAAGGGCAUCGCAUCGCGCCUCGGAUGCGGCAAGGUGCGCCACCUGGAGACGAAGAACCUCUGGGUGCAGGAGAAGGUCAGGGAUCGGACCAUCACGAUGGCGAAGAUCCACGCGGACGUCAACAGGGCCGACCUGCAGACAAAGCCGCUGGAGGGGCCGAGAUUCCUGAAGCUGCUGGCGUUCCUUCCACUUCGGACGCCGUCCUCAGGGCGCGCGCAGGUGUUCGGAGUCAUGCUGGCGGCCACCAUGCUCGGUGGAGUUCAGGGCUCGGCAGCCAUUCCGUACUGCCAUGCGGUGAUGGUGGUGAGCAGUUCGACCGUGGCGGAGCGGAUCUGGGCGACGAUGCUCGCAGUGAUGUUCGGCUCGGCGUUGGCGAUCGCAUUCCUGGCGGCGUGGUUCGCGUGCCGCAUAUGCAAGGCGCCGUUGCGGUUCCUGAAGGGCUUGUGGGAACUCGUGAAGGCCGACGAGACGGUGCCCGUGCCGCGCUGCUGGACGUGGAGCGCAGUGGACCUCAGAGCGGAGUGUGAGCGCCUGAGGAUCUACCACGGUCAGCUCAAGGCGCAGAUGAUCGUGGACCUGCUCGUCGGUACCUCGCUGGCUGAGAUCGCGAAGUCGCUCUUGCAGAAGGACCCAGAGAAGCGGCCGCACGUAACCAACCUGCUGCAGAAUCCCUACGUCAAGGCCUUCCUGCCCGAGCCGCAGCAGAAGGGCGACGCGGCCUCUGGGCGCUCGCCGCGGACCCAGGACCGGGCCGUGCCGCCCCCCGACGGGCCGCCGCCGCUCGGCAACGUCCGCGGCGCGUCGCUGCCCACCCGGCGGCUGCCUACGGAGUCUGCCAGCACCUCGAGGCUGCACAGUUGCGGACGGAG